UCGGCACUGCUACGGAGUCAGUAACGAGCUUAAUAAAUUCGAGAAGCCUUAGAUUUUUUUUUAGCUCAGUCACAAGGUACGUCAAGUUUUUUCUCAUCAGUAUUUUUUUAAAACGUAACGCAAUACCAUCAGGGAAAACAAUAGUUUUUGUUUUCAAUAUUUUUGUGAUUUUUUUUUUGUGUACAACAAUUCUUUAUUGUCUGCAAAGAAAAAAUUGGUCUCAAAUUUCAGAUGAAAAUUGUCGCGCGAUGAAGAAGCACAGCGAAAGUUCAAAGGAGGAACGCUCAAGAAUUAAUCGUCGAGUGCCAAAAAUUAAUAUUUCAAAGCCAGUUGAGGAUAAAAUUGAGGAGAGAAAUUUAAAUGAUGACGAUGAGCUUAAUGAAGGCUUCGGUACGUGGGUACGUUCCGAUAAUGGUGUAGAAAUGAUGAAACUUUUCGUCAUUGCCAAUUCACUAUUAGCCGUUAUAACAAUGGCCUGGCCAAGUAUACAAGAAACUUAUAUUAUUCUUCGCGAAUUAAUAAUGGGUGAUGAGUGAGAAGAAGAAGAAGUUCAAAAUUUUCACAAAAAAAAAAUCUGAAACGAAAUGAAUUCUUUUAAUUAUUAUUAAUUUCCAUUUGAAUACUUUAUUGGUUAAUUCGGCGAAGGGAGGAAAUAACAAACAGGAACCGAAAGAACAAGAACUAGAACAAAAACCAGAACAAGAAAAAAUACAA